AUGGUAGUUACAGUAGGUGAGCCCUAUACCCUUUUCUUCGUUAUCGUUAUCGCAGAUGACAUUAUCAGUCCUCCUUUCAGUCGCCUAAAGGCAAUCAUUCGUCGUUAUUCAGUUCCGUCUACAUCAUCAUCAAACGGAUAUGCAGUAUAUCCUAAAGAUCAAUUUUUGUUUAAAAUUUUAAUUAUUGGCGAUGUUGGCACCGGGAAAUCAUCUAUCGUACAGCGUUAUGCGCAUAAUUUAUUCACGCAACAUUAUAAGGCUACGGUUGGUGUUGAUUUUGCAACAAAAAAUUUAUCAUGGAAUGAUGACAUAACACUACGAUUGCAACUGUGGGAUAUUUCAGGCUAA